AUAAGAAUGUCUAUUCCAGAGUCACUUCAGCCGUUUGUCACCAACAAACUCGUCCACAAAACGUGGGCCGGUACUUUCUUCUGCAAACCUCAGGCUAUUUUCCAGCCUAGAAACUUGGAUGAAAUCAAGGAAUUGAUCAACCAGGCUCGUCAGAAUGGCAAAACGAUUAUGACAGUUGGGUCGGGCCAUUCGCCCAGUGACUUGACCAUGACUACCGAGUGGUUAUGUAACUUGGAUAAGUUCAACUCUGUUAUUAAGCAGGAAGAAUUCUAUGGCCAGUCUACUUCCAACCCUGCCGAGAAGGAAGUCAAGUUUGUCGACUUGACAGUAGAGGCUGGAUGUAGAAUUUUCGAGUUGAAUGACUACCUCAAGAAGCACAAGUUGGCUAUUCAGAACUUGGGUUCCAUAUCAGAUCAAUCCAUUGCUGGGUUGAUUUCUACCGGAACUCAUGGCUCUACGCAAUACCACGGUUUGGUUUCUCAACAGGUUGUCUCGAUCUCGUUCUUGAACGCAGAAGCCAAUUUGAUCACUUGUAACUCGGUGGAAAACCCAGACUACUUCCGUGCUGCACUCUUGUCAUUAGGUAAGAUUGGCAUUAUCACUCAUGUGACUUUGAGAACUUGUCCUUCUUACACCAUCAAGUCCAAACAGGAAAUCAUCCGUUUUGACACGCUUUUGAGCAACUGGGAGAAUAUUUGGCUCGAUUCAGAGUUUAUACGUAUCUGGUGGUUCCCUUAUUCGGGCAACUGUGUCUGCUGGAGAGCUUCCAAGUCAGAUGAUCCUCUUUCGGAUCCAAGGCCCUCAUGGUACGGAACGAGAUUUGGCCGAUUCUUCUACGAGUCAUUGCUCUGGGUAUCAGUUCAUAUCUUGCCACGUUUGACACCAUUCGUAGAGAAAUUUGUCUUUGAGCAGCAGUACGGUAAAGUGGAAACUUUGGGUAAAGGUGAUAUUGCUGUCCAACACUCUGUAGAUGGUUUGAACAUGGAUUGCUUGUUCAGUCAAUUCGUCAACGAAUGGUCUGCACCACUUGUUAAGGGCCAGGAUGUUCUUCUCAAAUUAAGAAAGGAAAUCUUGGAAGCCGCUGAAAAAGGCGAUUUCUUUGUUCAUGCUCCUAUUGAAGUUAGAUGCUCCAACGUGACCAACUCAAACUCUCCGUUCAUUGAUGAAGAAACUUUCGAGCCGUCUUUGUAUCCUCCAAAGUCUUGGUUGGCCAAGAGAGACAGGUUGAGUGCGGGCCCAAUUCCUGGUAACAACUUUCGUCCAUUCCUCGACAACUCUCCAUAUAUUCCUUUUGCUGGCGAAGGAGCCACUGUGACAAACGACCAGUUGACCAUGUUCGUCAACGCUACCAUGUACAGACCCUUCGGUACCAAUGUCGAAACUCACCAAUGGUUCCAAAUCUUUGAAAACAUCAUGGGAGAUGCAGGCGGAAAGCCUCAUUGGGCUAAGAACUUCAUUGGUAUCGAUGGCGACCAAAAGACCGAACAAGACUUGAAGACACAGCUAGACUUUGGUGGAAAGCCAUUCUACACGAUGAUUGGUUUCAACCCUGUGAUGAAGGACUGGUUCGGGGAAAACUUGGUAAAGUACAACCAAGUCAGAAGGGAGACCGACCCUAGCGGUGUAUUCCUCAGUGGCAAGAGCUGGGCCAUUAGAAAUGGUAUACUUUUAGACUAAAAUAGAUUUUACUGGUAUAGAAAACAAGGAAUAGAUAUCAAUAUACGUUAAUUUACG